CCCUCCUCCUUCCCUUUCUCCCUCCUCCUUCCCUUUCCCCCAUACACCCCCUCCCUCCCUCCCCUCCCGCCUUGACUCCGCUCUGGCCCUGAAGCGGGUGCCGCGAUGGCUCCGGCCGCCGACCGGGAGGGUUAUUGGGGCCCGCCGACCUCCACCUUGGAGUGGUGCGAGGAGAACUACGCCGUCUCCUACUACAUCGCCGAGUUCUGGAACACAGUGAGUAACCUGAUUUUCAUUCUACCUCCCAUCUAUGGUGUGAUUCAGACCUAUAAAGAUGGCCUUGAAAAACGGUAUUUAGCAGCAUAUUUGUGUCUUACAGCUGUGGGAUUGGGAUCCUGGUGCUUCCACAUGACCCUGAAGUAUGAAAUGCAGCUGUUGGAUGAACUGCCAAUGAUAUACAGUUGUUGUGUGUUUGUCUACUGCCUGUAUGAGUGUUUCAAGUACAAGAAUACAGUCAAUUACCCACUGCUUUUCUUGUUGGUAACAUACAGCUUCAUAGUCAGCAUAGUUUACUUAAAUUUGAAAGAACCUGUGUUCCAUCAGAUCAUGUAUGGAACCCUAGUUUCCAUUAUAGUUCUACGAUCUGUUUAUAUAGUAUUAUGGGUAUACCCACGGCUUAGAGGUCUAGGUUAUACAUCUUUAACUGUAUUUUUAAUGGGAUUUUUUCUCUGGAAUGUGGACAACAUUUUCUGUGAUAAAUUGAGAGCACUGCGAGAGAAGAUGCCUCCUGUUGUGGGUGCUGUGACACAGUUUCAUGCAUGGUGGCACAUUCUCACAGGCCUGGGCUCUUACCUUCAUAUCUUGCUAAGUUUAUACACAAGGACACUUUUCCUGAAGCACAGGCCAAAGGUGAAGUUUGUUUUUGGAAUAUGGCCUGUUCUUCUUGUGGAGCCAGCUAAGAAGCUUUGACCAAGACCUGGGGAGUCCCAUCGAUCACCUGGUCUGGCUGAAUAAAGCAAUUCAACAGUUACUGUGGCUGAAGUGUCAGAAUUAUGGAUCAAUUCAAGUCCCAUUGCUAUAAAAGGACUUCUUUGUGUGACUAGGCCAGCUGGCCAGAACAGAACAAAGAGUUGGCACACUAGGGAAAUAAUGUCUAGGACAGCUUUAUUCUGAGUUGUUAAAACAAAGAUUGAGACACAAUAUUUGUAUGUAUAUAUUGUACAGCUGAUGAUACAGAGCUAAUAUUUCGUGCUGGUCACAGAAAACUAACCAUUUUUGAAGUGGAUUGCAUACGUUUAUCAUUCAGUUGUUGUUCUUUCUGUGGUCUAAACUAGUAUUAGUAACUGAAUGACAAGAACAGGCCAUUGAUGGCCAAGCUAAGUACUUGUGUGGCCUAUAGUGAACUGAAUGCUUAACCUGAACUACUUUAAUCUUUGCACUUUUAUACAAUUAAUGAAGUAUGUCAUUAGUAUUUUAGGGCUUUAAUCUAUCUUGCUUUUCCACGUUCUCCUUUGCAAUUUAUAUUUUAAGCAAACCAGUUGGGAUACCUGUGCCAUUUGGUUCAUUUUGUAGCUACCAAGCUUCCAUUUUCUCUUCAGUCCAACUGAGUUACAUCUGGGAGGAUGGUCCAGGGUGUGACUGGCAGAAGACACUUAAGAUGGUGAAGCAUCAUAGGGAUUCUUGGUUGUGUGUGCAGACUGAAUUCCUCAUCUGUUUGACUAGUGAUCCAUCAGGAGACUGCAGGGUGACUGCAUAAAUAUAAGAGACACUUUUUUAAUUUGUUAAUAAUUAUUCUUUACAUGCCUCUCUUUUCUAUCCCUCCUUUUUAUUCCCCAUGGUCCCAUUCAUACUACAGAUUGACAAACACCUUUAGAUGUGUGCUAGUUCAGCUUGGAAUUAAUUUCUUUCCCUUCUUUUCCAAGACUUACAUAUUGGUCUGACUUUCAGAAGCAUCUUGUUAUUCAGAAAAAUGAAGAAAGAGUAAAGAGCAAGACUGAUGUUGAGGAUGCCCCAAAAUAGAAUUGGCAGCACUUUGAUUGCUCGCUCUUAAUCUGUCCAUCAGAUGAUUACUCUGUGGAAAGUUGACCACCUUUUUAAAACCAGAUUUUGGGGAUUAAUGGGGGGGACAAACUCUGGUUUCUGCAGUUUUGGUCUACCCAGCUGAUGAAAGUUAAUAAGCAAGCAGAAAGAAAUCAUUGAACUAACAGUUUUUCAAAACAUACCUCAUAUUGGAGGCUGUGGGUUUGACUCUUCAGAUCUUGGGGCAACUAAAGGAGUCUGUCUCUGGGCCUCCUAGCUGCCUUGCUAUGCAAUUUUUAUCUGCAUUUGAUGUUCUGAGGGAUUUAUCCUUCCUGCCAUGAAGAAAAAGAAAAAGGGAAAAGCUGAGACUGAUUGGAAACCCCAUUCUGGAUUGAUUUAAAACAUGCCCACAGCAGCAAAAUGCUGUAAUGAAGCUAUAAAACUGUCUCCCAGAUCACAAAGUCCCAGCUAGUGUAAGUUUCCAUGCUCUGGCUGAAAAAAUCAGACUGAAACCUGUAUCAUAGAACCAACUCUGACUAUAAAAUGGUCUCCUCUCUUUUAAUAUCUAUUUUCUUUUUCCUCUUUGCAGUUCAGCUGCAUCCUUUGUGUCCAUCAGUAGCACUGAUGUGUUCCAAAUAAAAUUGUGGGGUUUGUUACGUGACUGAGCCUGGACUCUUGGGAUCAAAUAGACCCAAACCCAGGGCUAGAAAAAGAUCCUUAACCCUGCAUGACUUCAGUGACGUUUAAGUUCUUUUCAACCUGUAAUCAACAAACCACUGUCAGGAAUGAAAAUUUUAAACCAGAUUUGUUGUCAGUAGGUUCCAGUCCCAUAGACAAGAUCAGCAUCUGUGUUGGGAAAUUAGACUGAAAGACAUGGGAAUAACAAGCAUAGAGGCAGGAAAAUGCUGUCUUGAAUCAAGUGUCUUAUUAUCCAGAAGGAUAAAGAGAUUUGAGCACUGUUUUAAAAAAAUGUAGCUUAAAAAUAAGUGCCUGCCUAUUCACCUCCAGGCUCUCUCAACAUUCUUCUGUACCCUGUAUCCAACUUUCUUAUUAGUAUGUUUACAUGUUUUCAUAAGGUAGAGAAAGAGUCCCAUAACAGGAGCAGUGCAGCAAGACCUAUCAACAGUCACUUGUGACAUCUGCUAGGUAUGGUGUUAUUUUUAAAAAAAAAUCAAACCAACAAAACCUUUAUUUUAGUGGCCUUAGUUUCGUUACUGGAGGAUCUGGGGGCUCUGUUUGGUUUCCCUGUAACUGCAGGAAGCAGAGUGUGCUGAAAAGCCACUUUCUUACUGAUAAGACAUCACUACAAUGGUAAAUUUUAAAGGAAUUUGUUGAUUCUCCUACAAAUUUGCAACUAGGGAGUGUGUGUUUCUCUUCAGAUCUUGUUGAAUGAAGUUGUCAGGAUUUAAAACAAAAUAAGCUGGAAAAGUCCUUGUUUUAAUUUUAUGCUGCUGUUUGCUUUUCAUUCACGUGCCAUUUGUCACUGAUGUUUUUAUCUUUUAGAAAAAAUCAUGGAAAUUGGCAUAUUUCUUUCCAAACAACUAAAAACCACCUCUACCAACCUUCCAGCAGCUCUUCCUUCAGGUUAUGUUUGACUCUGAAGAAUGUAAUUUAUGUGUCUGUCCUUCUAAGCAUAAAGAAUCCAGAAUUAUGGGUGCUUUGGUUUCACUGCCUUACUGAUCUUGUGAGUGAUAUUGAAACUGGCAGUUUUAACUGCAUGUCACUGAAAUUCAGACUGCCUUUUCAAGUGCCUGGAAAGACAUGUAUCCUUACUCCUGUAAUCUGUUAAAUGUCUGUUAAAUUGCUUUUUAUUUGUGUCACUUGUAUGACAUGUUGGUUUUUGUUCUACAAACCUUAGAGCAGCAUAUCCCAAACUUCUCUUGCACUACAGCUUAGGAGGUGGGGCAUCUUUGAUCCUGUUUUUUUAGUAGGAUUCAGAGAGUAGCUACUGUAAAGGGAAUUAGGGAAGUAGCAGGUUUUGUUUAAUAUGAAUCCUACAGGAUGUGUUGGACAGACUUGAUAGCAAUGAGCUCUUACUCUUUAACAUCCAUGAAGAACCAGAAAAUCUGCCACCUUGCGACCAUCGUCUCGGCACAGAUCAGCAGCAAGUAGUUCUGCAGCCCCUGAGCUGAAAAAUUCUUCCUUGGGAAUGAAAGAAAAACCUCAAAAUCAGUCUCCCAAUAUGGAUCAACACCACAUCCUAUGCCAGGAAUCUAGAUUUUCUGGAUGCAGCUCAAGACAUUCAUUAUUCAGAAUGGAAGAUGAGACACGACAACCAGAAAUCUGCCAUCAGGAAGCAUCUGGUUGGUGUUUUGGAGGCAGCGUUGUUAGUUAGCAGUGUUAGUCACUCUGGACUUCAUGGGAAUGCUGCUGCUUGUAGCACGAGGAGGAUGGUGCUACCCACAAGUAUUUAGAAGGCUACCCCGUGGUCAGGAUUGGAAUAUGCAGCCUGUCACUUGCUGAUCUACCUCUGUCGUGUAUUGGACAGGACCUGUGCCCUUAAUUACACCUGCCUGAACAUGCAGACAAUUAGAGCAGCCUGACGUAGCCCCACAGCCCCUGAGGUUGGCACCAAUGUUGUACUGAUCUGUGGCUGACUCUGUUCACUCUCCAUAAACAUCCUGCUCUGUUCUGUGUCUGUCACUUCUAGGUUGUGCUCAGUCUGCUCUUCGUCUGCCUGCCCAAGUCUGACUGCAUUAGAGAGAGGUAUGAGUAGGAGGACUUGAACUCAGACAGGUGAAGUGAAACCUUUUUUGGCAGUGAAGUUACAUUUAAAGCUAAGAUGCAAACAGCAUCACUAGUUCCACGUGAUUUUGGAAGAGGUGAGAUGGAAAAUACUGCUUUGUAAGCCGUUUUAAUUCUCUUUAAAUCUGAUACUGUGCUGUUUUGUUUGGCUGAAGGGGAAUUGUAUGACUUGAAAUGCAGUUGAUUCUUUUGGCUGUGGUGCACUUGCUGCCAACACUUGGUUUUGAACAGCUGGAUGAGUUUUUUCAGCUAACUCCUCCAUCUGAAACUCUUAGCAGCAGAAAAUUCUCCCAGUGUCACGAGUGUUUCUCACAGUUACACUCCCCUUGUUUAGUCUGCAUUCAAGAAUCUCAGUGAUGCUGUUUUCUAAAAACCUGUUUCUCCCUGUGGAUAUAUUUUUAGCAUUUGGUAGCAGGUGGUGAAGCAAUUCUACAUAACACUUCUUAGUGGAAGACAAGCUCUAAAGCAGCAGCACUUGUUUUCUUCAGUGGAUCUCAGAAUCCAGGAACACACCUUAAUUUUGGCAGAAUCUGUGCCCUGUGAUUUAAAUUAACAUCUUCAGGUAAAAUUAUCUACUUUAUAGAAACCCCAUCAGCACUUUAUAAGCAGGUGGUGGGAGAUUUUAACUGCAAAGUGCUGUUUAACUGUGAGACCAGUAUGAAGAGGGAGAUUAGUGGUGGAGCCUUUAUUACCCACGAGAAGCAAAAAAGCCAGGAGGAGAUUAGGAAAUCUUACAUGGAAAGAGAACAACAAAAGCUUAAGCACAGAAUCCUGUGGUGUUACAUCAGCCACCCACCCGUAACUGCACUUUAGAUUCUUACAUAACAAGCUUGAAUAUUUUACACAUUUCACUUUCCUUUCUGACUCUUCACUCUUUACCACAGAAGUGUUGUAGACUCUGUUACAUAGGGUUUGUUGUAGAUUAUUCAGAUGUUGUUCCUUGUUUUAUGAGGAUGGAACGUGACAGAGAAAUGAAUACAUUUCUUAUCCCUCUGGAACACCCUCUGCCAGCUUUGUUUGAGAGUCUGGGAUUUUGACUCUAUCUAGUGUCUUUAUCAGCUGUCAGAAGAAGCUGGUUUCCUUUUAAUCAUUUCCUUAGAGAUGCUCUUACACGUCUAACAGUUUUGUUUCUGAAAAUGUUUUGCAAGCAAACCUUUUCACCCUGCUGCUGUCAAAGAACAUCCACAAAACCCUUGGAAGAGGAUGGGAAGAGAUGCAGCUGCACAGAACAUACUGUGUAACUAGUAAGAUUGGGUUUGUGUUUCUUCCUUCAGUUUCUCACUCACAGCUGCCUAUAGCUGCCAAGUGCCUGAUCUCUGUCACAAACUUUUUCUGAGAGCUGAGGCUGUAUUUUCUCCUGGGGUCCCUAAGACAAGAUCCUUGCUGGGUGGGAGGUCAUUUUGCUGGUUGUUACAAAUCCUCCAGCUGCAGGAGUCACAGAACUCUUUUGACUUGCUCCCCAGAAACGUUGUUAGCCAGUACGUGGCUGCCUCUGCUUGGCUCAGACCUUGUGCCUGACUGUACCCCACGUUCCUGAUGGAUCUGCUCAGAUUUUUGGAAGCUGGUUGAGGGGUUUAGCCCUGCAGCUGGUGUUUAUUUUAGUGUGUGUAGUUCGAGGAGAGGCAGUGUGAGGGCGCAGCACACAAGCAAACAAGCACUUUAUGCAGAGCCCUGUUCCUGGAGCUCCCAGCCAGCUGCUCCAGACAGGACUGGGGAUACUGGGCUUCCCAUGUACAGUUUUGGGGGCAGGAUCGAUGCCUGAACCUCUCACUUUACUCCAGAACUCCCCCAUCUUACUUGUCGAAAGUCUUUAGAUUUGAUUACACCUGUAAUUGCAAAUUUAAGAAGAACCAAGUUCAAAAUCCAGCUAAUGCCAGACCCGAAGCCAGUGCUUGCACAUUGGUUUUGCACAUACUUCACACAAGUUGAGUCUGCCUGAUUUUUAGAGCAAAAUGUUGAUUUUUUUUUUUUUAAGAAAUGCAAAUAAAGGGUCUUUUGAUUAUUUGUCCACAGGAAUAUCUGUAAGCACAAUCUCAGAUUCAUCCUUUCCCCAAAGCUCUAGAACAUUUAUAUGUGUCUCCAAAGCUAAUGUUUAAUACAGUGGGUUUUGACACAUGACCACAGCAAAACAUGUACCAAAAUGUUUUCUAUAUUCAGGCCUUGGUCAGCAGCUGCAGAAGAAUUUUGGUUGUGUCCACUAUUGCUCCCUGGAUUUUGGAAGACAGAGUUUCAAGCAGCAUAAGCAGUAGUUAGACUGAACAGGAACUGGUUUUUCUCUUGAUCUUCCAAAUUGAUGUUGACUAUUUGAUGUUGAAUAUUGAACACACCUUAAUGCACUCAUGAUGUUUCCUGGCUUAGCAAGUAACAUCUGUCCACCUGUGAUGGACAUGAAACCCCCCCACGUGUAACGUGACCAAACUUUCUAACAUUGACACUAUUUGUUCUGACAUAAUCUUUUGGUUUUGUUGUUUUUUUUCCCACUGAAAUCCAGUAUAUGCUUGCAGAUCAAUAAUGACACUGUGACAGAGGAACAGCAGUUGACCUGUAAAACCCAGCUGCAUUGAGCAAUGGUUCUUGACAAUUUUGAUAUACUGAACUGAUUCUUUGUACCAAACCAGCUGGUAACUAACAUUAGGCUUAUGUGUAUCAGCAUAUCCUGUUUUGCAAAGCACAGUAGCUCUGAAAUAUAUUUAAUGUAUUUCAUUGGUUAUUCAUGCUGCAGUCAAGCACUAAUUUGUGUCUUUAUAGUUCCAAUUAUUAAAGAAUUUUGGUUUAAAUACA